UUGUUCAUGUUCAUAUCAAUGUUUCAUUCGCUUGAUGUUGAUGUGUUCAAUUUGAUUUAACAUUGUGAAUAAUAAUGAUGACGAUGGUGGUGGUGAAGAAACCAUCAAUUUUCGUACUGUUUGUGGCCACAUUGGCUAUUUUCUUCAUUCCAAAUGGUCAAUGUCAAUAUGGUAGCGCCAAAAAUAAAGGUGUUGUGGUGGAAACUAGCUAUCAAAAACCAGUGAUCGAAACAAGUAAUUAUGAAGAAGAACCAAUAUGGAAAGAGGAACCAGAAUAUCAACCGGAAAUUAUUAAAGAAGAAAAACCAAGUUAUACACCAAAAGAGGUGAUUGUUAGCAAAGGUAGCGGUAGUGGAUACGGUAGCGGUGGUGGUGGUGGUGGAUCGAGCAAAAGUGCUGCCAUACGUGAAGAACCAAUUUGGCAAGAAGAACAACCAAGUUAUUCACCAAAAGAAGUUGUUGUAAGUCGUGGAUCCAGUAGUGGAUAUGGUGCUUCGGGCAAAAGCGCUGCCAUUUGGAAUGAACAACCAAAACAAGAAGUAUGGAAAGAAGAUUAUCAUCAACAACCAAAAGUGAUAACAAAAAUAGUCAAAGAACCAGUAGUUAUAACGAAAGUUGUGAAAGAACCGGUAGUAGUGACAAAAGUGGUUAAACAACCAAUAGUUAAAGUGAUUCGGGUUGUGGAAAAAGUACCCGUCUAUAAACAACCUGUUUAUCAUAAAGUUUGGGUGAAAAAAACUUAUGGCGGUGGUGGUGGAUAUAAUCAUGGUGGUGGAUAUAGUCAUGGUGGUGGAUAUAAUCACGGUGGUGGCGGAUAUAACCGUCAAUGGCGUAGACGUCGAAGUAUAUCGAGAAAUGUUGAUAAUCAUCCCAUUCAAAAACGUAAAUCUAAAUGGCGUGAAUAUAAAAAACAAAUUAAACAGGCUAAAUAUGGAGCAAAACAAGAAAAACGUGAAAAAUGGCGUCAAUUUAAAAAAGGUGACUUUGGUGGUGGAUAUGAACAGCCAAAACAUCAUGGUUAUGAACAACCAAAACAUCACGGUUAUGAACAACCAAAACACCAUGGUUAUGCACAACCAAAACACCAUGGUUAUGAGCAGCCAAAACAUCAUGGUUAUGAACAACCAAAACAUCACGGGUAUGAACAACCAAAACAUCAUGGUUAUGAACAACCGGAACAUCAUCAUCAAAGUUAUGGCUAUGGACAUCGUGCUCGUCGUAGUUAUAAUGAUGUUAAUUACUAUGAUGAUGAUGAUCAAUAUAUUAACGAUCAAUAUCAAUCAUCAUGGACUAAAGAACAAAAAUAUUAUGAUGAAGAACCAAAAAUCAUACAAAAAGAAGAGAAAAUUGUACAAAAAGAACCGGAAAUAACAAAAAUCUAUGAUAACGAUGAAGAAAUAUCAAAAUUACCAAUUGGACAACCAGAAUUGACACCAGAAAUUAAAGAUUACAAUGCAAAUCAACAAGUUUCCAUUAUAAAAGAUGAAAAUGUUUAUCAAUCACCAGUGGAUGAACAUAAAAAUGGUUACAACGAACCACAAUCACAACAAGAAGAGAAAAUUAUUGAACAAACCGUAAAACAAGAAGAAAAAUAUGUACCAGAAGAAGAAUAUACAUCAAAAGUUAUUGAAUCAAAACCAGAAAUAAUCAAACAACCAGAUCAAGAAUCUUAUCAAGAAGAGGAGAAAAAAAUAAUUGAAUAUGAACCAAAAGAAGAAUCAAUUAAACCGGUAAUAGUGACGGAAAAGAAAAUAAUUCAAACGAAAAAAACAACGAAAAUAAUCACAACACCUGUAUGUAACAGUAUAAUGGACAACAUAUUGGAACAUUUACAACCAGAAUUCAUGCAACACAUGUCCAGUUAUGUGAUAAAUAAUGUUGAACCAAUACGUUUAGGACGUUGGGGUCGAGUACAAUUACAUGAUGGACAUUUCAAUCAUAUGGGCCCGAUUUGUCGUGGUAAUGAUUUCCGGUCAACAACGUUGGGCAAUGAUAAAUAUAUGAUCGAAGGAACCAUUCAAGUGCCGGAACCAAAAUGUGAAUUUGAAGCUGAUGCUGGAAUGUAUAAUCGUUUACGUUUUCGUAAUCAAUGUAUACGAUUGGCGGCCAAAGAUGCAACGUUUCAUGUGGCAAUGUUUUUGGAUAAAAAACGCAAUACCGUUCAUGUUGCCGAAUUGGAACCACUGGAAUUGAAUGAUUUCCAUAUGGAAGAUGAACGUGGCCGAACCGCUAAAAAUGGUGGCAUGCGUUGGCCAUUCAAACGCAUUAGUCAAUGGCAACUGGAACCACAUCGACAGCAAUUUAUGCAAAUGUUAACACAUGAAUUGUGUGAUAAAUUUCGUGAAAUGAUUCAUCGUCCUGAAGUGGCCAAAGAAAUUAUUGAAUAUGUUUAGUAGUAGACCAAAAAACCAUUGAUCCCUGGGUAACCAGAUAAACAAAUAAAAAAAAUCGAUAUUUCAAAUUGA